GUCGACUCCAGUGCUCCAGUCGUGCCAGAACCACCGAGCGGUGUGGAUGUUCGUUAUCGCGUGUCCAGUUCCCGAGUAUCGUGUAUACGUACACGCGAUUAGUGAUACUUCGUGACCAUACCAAGUCACACGUUUGCAGUACUAUCUGAACGUCGUGUAUAUUUUACCAAUUCGAACUUCGUAGACGUAAAAAAUUCUGUGUACGAAAAGAUUGCAGUAUCUGUGACACGUAUGUACGCGAAGAACUGACGAGGCUAUCGCGGACACUUUCGUGUUUUUUCGUAACGUGCAUCCGGCGAAGAAGUAUCGCGUUUAAAUAUUUCUGGCCGUUCAAGCAAGUGUCCCGGCAUUCUUAAAACCGGUGCGAGACCGCCUCGGAAACGAUUUCGAUCGGCGACGUGAAGUGCACCGAAAGUGUCGAGGAACGGUACAGGCGGCAAGGACGUGUAGCCAUGAAUAAUUCACUCGGUUAAAAGGCAGAAUAUCUCCGACUUUGAGGCAGCGAGAGACUCGGAAAACAACAGCGUCAAGAUGGGCGAAAUCCUCGGCUCUGCGAGUUUCCUUCACCUGGGAGAUAUCGUCAGCUUAUACGCGGAGGGAAGCGUCUCGGGAUUUCUUUCAACCCUCGGAUUAGUCGACGACAGAUGCGUAGUAUGUCCCGAAGCGGGAGACUUAUCAAAUCCUCCGAAGAAGUUCAGAGAUUGCCUCUUCAAAAUAUGUCCCAUGAAUCGUUACUCCGCCCAGAAGCAAUUCUGGAAGGCCGCGAAGCAAAACGCGGGCGGCACCGACGCGGUGCUGCUGAAACGUCUGCACCACGCCGCCGAGAUCGAGAAGAAACAGAACGAGACCGAAAAUAAGAAACUGCUGGGCAGCGUGGUAUCCUACGGUAACGUUGUCCAGCUAUUACAUCUCAAGUCCAACAAGUUCCUGACCGUAAACAAGAGGCUACCAGCACUACUAGAGAAGAACGCGAUGAGGGUAUACCUGGACGCGAACGGGAACGAGGGUUCCUGGCUCUACAUAAUGCCCUUCUACAAACUCCGCAGCGAUGGCGACAGCGUUGUAGUCGGCGAUAAAGUAAUCCUAGAGCCGGUGAACGCCGGUAGACAGGGUCUGCACGUGGCUGCGAACUACGAACUGAGCGACAAUCCAGGUUGCAAGGAGGUGAACGUGGUUAACUCGGCGACGUCGUGGAAGGUGACGCUGUUUAUGGAGCACAGGGAGAACCAGGAGGAGAUACUGAAGGGUGGAGACGUUGUUCGAUUGUUUCACGCGGAGCAGGAGAAGUUUUUGACGAUGGACGAGUAUAAAAAGAAGCAGCACGUGUUUCUGAGGACCACUGGCAGAACCAGUGCUACUGCUGCUACCAGUAGUAAGGCCUUGUGGGAAGUUGAGGUUGUUCAACAUGACCCGUGCAGAGGAGGAGCCGGCCACUGGAACUCCCUCUUCAGAUUCAAACACCUAGCCACGGGCCAAUAUCUCGCCGCCGAGAUUGACACCGACGAACCACAUGAACUCACAAAAGGCAAACAUGGUGAGAAGAUCAAAAAGGAAUGCGUCUCACGAAUUCAGAGCAUAGAUAUAUUGUUAUACCUUGCAGAUCCAGUGUACAGAUUAGUGUCAGUACCACAUAGCAAUGAAAUUAGUUCUCUGUUCGAAUUGGAUCCAACGACGUUGACGAGGGGCGACAGUUUGGUUCCACAGUCAUCUUUCGUUCGGUUGCAUCACAUAUGUACCAACACGUGGGUUCACUCGACUAGCGUACCGAUUGAUAAGGAUGACGAAAAGCCUGUUAUGUCAAAGGUUGGCUGCGCGACCAACAAAGAAGACAAAGAAGCGUUCGCUCUGCGAUCCGUAUCCCCGGUCGAGGUGCGAGAUCUCGAUUUCGCGAACGAUGCGUGUAAAGUGUUAGCGUCGAUAAGUAGUAAAUUAGAGAAGGGUACGAUCUCGCACAACGAGAGGCGAGCUGUGAUGAGUUUACUUCAGGACAUAGUAUAUUUCAUAGCCGGUUUAGAGAACGAACAGAACAAAUCUGAGGCUUUAGAGUUAAUCGUCACGAACGCUGUGAGGGACCGACAGAAAUUAUUGCGAGAGCAGUACAUACUUGGUCAACUGUUUAAAAUACUUCAGGCUCCGUUCUUGGAGUCCGCGGAAGGCGAGGGACCAUUUCUUAGAAUAGAGGAGUUGAAUGAUCCAAGACACGCGCCAUAUAAAUACAUGUUUCGUUUAUGCUACCGUAUACUGAGGCUCUCUCAACAAGAUUAUCGGAAAAAUCAGGAAUAUAUCGCUAAGCACUUCGCUUUCAUGCAAAAACAAAUUGGAUACGAUAUUUUAGCAGAAGAUACUAUCACUGCGCUUUUGCAUAAUAAUAGAAAGUUGCUGGAGAAGCACAUCACGGCGGCGGAAAUUGAAACGUUUGUAGGUCUUGUGAGGAAGAAUAUGCACAAUUGGGAAUCUAGAUUUUUAGACUAUUUGUCGGACCUGUGCAUCUCCAAUAAGAAGGCGAUCGCAGUGACUCAGGAAUUGAUUUGUAAAAGUGUGCUGAGCGAAAAGAAUAAAGAUAUAUUAAUAGAAACUAGAAUGAUGAAAACUCAGGUCGAAGUGGAAGAGGUGGACGAGAAACAGGAAAAUGAAGAGCCUCGAAUUACUGUGAUGGAAGAAUACGAAGUCUUUCUUGUGUAUAAUAACGGAACGAAGUCAAUGUCUUUAAACGAGUUAUCACGGGGAGCGAAAAUGGGUAACGUCCAGGAUGCAGCCAUAUUGGAUUAUUAUAGGCACCAGUUAAAUCUUUUUAGCAAUAUGUGUCUGAACAGACAGUAUUUAGCAUUGAAUAAUUUAUCGCCACAUUUGGACAUUGGUCUCAUACUUAAGUGUAUGGAAGAUGAAACGGUGCCAUAUGAGUUGCGUGCAUCAUUCUGUAGGCUUAUGUUACACCUUCAUGUUGACAGAGAUCCACAAGAACAAGUCACACCUGUUAAAUACGCUCGACUUUGGUCUGAGAUCCCUUCUAAAAUGAGUAUUAACGAUUAUGAUGCAAACAGAAUGCGAGAUCAAAAUAAGGAAGGUGUCCGUGCUAAAUUUAGCGCCACUAUAAUGUUUGUAGAAGAUUAUCUGUGUAAUGUCGUGGCAAAAAUGUGGUCGUUCGCGGAUCAAGAACAGAACAAACUCACGUUUGAGGUGGUCAAACUAGCACGAGAUUUAAUUUAUUUCGGAUUCUACAGUUUCAGUGAUCUGCUAAGAUUAACGAAGACACUACUGAGUAUUUUGGACUGUAUUUCAGAAAAUGACGCCGCUGACGGGAAGAUUCCAACUGGUGAAAUUGAUUCUGAAGGUGGAGUGUUGAGAUGUAUUGGAGACAUGGGAGCAGUAAUGACGAGUCUAACGUUAGGCCCAGCUGGACAAGUAUUAGCUGGAAGUUCUUCACCAAGACCAAAACCACUUAUGAAGAAAGAAUAUCCUCUGGUGAUGGACACAAAACUGAAGAUCAUCGAAAUUUUACAGUUCAUUCUCGACGUUCGAUUAGACUACAGGAUUUCUUGUUUAUUGAGCAUUUUCAAGCAAGAAUUCGACGAAACGGAAAGAGCUUCUGGUGACUUAAGUCUUGGUCAGAAAACUAUAGACUUGGAAUUGAUAGGCACACAAGCAGAGGGUAUAUUUGGUAGCAGUGAAGAAUGCGCGGCACUGGAUUUGGAUGGACAAGGUGGUAAAACAUUUCUACGUGUUCUCUUGCAUUUGGCAAUGCACGAUUAUCCACCGUUAGUUUCCGGAGCACUGCAUCUACUUUUCAGACAUUUUAGUCAAAGACAAGAGGUUUUACAAGCUUUUAAACAAGUACAACUCUUAGUUUCUGACAGUGACGUUGAAUCGUACAAACAAAUAAAAUCAGAUCUAGAUGUGUUACGACAAUCUGUUGAAAAAUCUGAGCUCUGGGUGUAUAAGUCUAAAGCAGCAGAAGAACAUGGCGGUAAAAAGAAGAAGAGUAAAGAAGACGAAGAUGAAGGAGCUACUCCUCGGAAAGCUCCUCCUCAAUUAUCCACAUCAAAUAAGAAAGGAUCUGCUAUAGACUUAGAUAUUGGUCCCCCACUGCACUCAGACCAAGCAGAAGAAUAUAAGAAGAUUCAACAAAUCUUGAUUCGAAUGAAUAAAUUGUGCAUCCAGACGAUAGGUGGUCAAAUAAAACCACGAAAACAUGAGCAAAGACUUCUACGAAAUGUUGGUGUCCACACUGUUGUCUUAGAUUUACUACAAGUUCCAUUUGACACCAAAGAAGAUGUCCGAAUGAACGAGUUAAUGCGUUUGGCACAUGAUUUUCUUCAAAACUUUUGCUUAGGCAAUCAACAGAAUCAGGUUUUAUUACAUAAACAGUUGGAUUUGUUUUUGAAUCCUGGUAUAAGGGAGGCUCAAACAGUGUGCAGUAUUUUUCAAGAUAAUUCCACUCUGUGCAAUGAAGUAAAUGCUAAAGUGAUACAACACUUUGUACACUGUAUAGAAACACAUGGAAAACAUGUGCAAUAUUUGAAGUUCCUUCAAACUAUAGUUAAAGCUGAAAAUCAGUUUAUUAGGAAGUGUCAGGAAAUGGUCAUGCAAGAAUUGGUUCAAGCUGGCGAAGAUGUUCUGGUAUUUUAUAAUGAUAGAGCGUCUUUUAAUCACUUUGUGGAAAUGAUGAGAUCAGAGAGACAUAGGAUGGAUGAAAGCAGCCCUCUCAAGUACCAUGUGGAGUUGGUUAAACUGUUAGCUUGCUGCACCAUGGGGAAAAAUGUUAAUACCGAAAUUAAAUGCCACAGUCUUUUACCGCUAGAUGAUAUCGUCGCUAUGGUGUCACAUCCAGACUGUAUACCAGAAGUGAAAGAAGCGUACAUCAACUUCCUCAAUCACUGUUACAUCGAUACGGAAGUUGAAAUGAAAGAAAUUUACACAUCAAAUCAUAUGUGGUCGUUGUUUGAAAAGUCUUUCAUUGUAGAUAUGGGUAUAAUAGCAACAGCCACACAUGAUCGUGAACACGCCGAUAUCGCUCUAGAAAAUUAUGUGACAGGUUGUCUAAUGAAUAUCAUUACGACGUUCUUUAGCAGCCCAUUCUCAGAUCAAAGUACCACAGUGCAGAAACAUCUCCACGAGGCUAGACUCUAUUGGAGCAUCAAGGAGAGUGACCGGAAUACUGAUAAUAAUCUUACUGGCUAUACACGGCAGCCUAUUUUUGUUCAGCUGCUUCAUGCAGCAUUUAAAGUUUCACAAUGUGCAUGGCUAAAUGCUGGCCAAAGAUUUAACGUGGAAAAUUGUAUACGAACACUGUCAGAAGUCGCCAAAGGCAGAGGCAUAGCUAUUCCAACUGACUUGGAAAGUCAAGUUGCUUCUAUGUUCAAUAAAGCUGCAAUGCUUAGUAGACAAACAAGUAAAUGGCUUCAAGCUGCAAAACAACCAAAAAUAGAACGCACACAAAGUCAGCUAAUGCGUUUGGAUCGCAGUAUCAUAGAAGGGUUACAAGACAUAGUAUCAUUAUUGGAAGAGCAACUGAAACCACUGGUUCAAUCAGAAUUGUCGUUAUUAGUGGAUAUACUCUAUCGACCAGAGUUACUGUUCCCAGCUGCGACUGACGCUAGGAAGAGAUGCGAAAAUGGUGGAUUUAUUAAAAGAUUAAUUAAACACACGGAAAAGCUGCUUGAAGAAAAAGAAGAGAAACUAUGCGUGAAGGUGUUGAGAACCCUUAGGGAGAUGAUGGCCAUUGAUCCUGAAUAUGGAGAAAAAGGAGAUGCUUUAAGACACAAUCUUUUGACACGUUACUUUGGGAAGUCUUUCAUUCAGAAGCCAGAGAAUGUGGAAAUUGGAGUUUCUCAUACUGCUCCAGUCACUCAUGGACCAGGAGCUAAGCUUCUAAGUCGUGCAGGUCGCACCCUGCAUGAGAUUCAAAGCCAUCUUGAUCGUGAAGGAGCUUCAGAUUUGGUGGUGGAGUUAGUAAUUAAAAGUGUACACUCUCCAAGUAUAUUUGUGGAAGCUAUAGAACUUGGUAUUGCACUGUUAGAAGGAGGAAAUCCUAUCAUACAAAAGAGUGUGUUCAACAAGUUGAUGGGUGGAGAUUUGAGUCAAUCAUUUUUCAAGGUGUUUUAUGACAAGAUGAAAGAUGCACAGCAGGAAAUUAAAUCUACUGUCACAGUGAACACUUCUGACAUAGCAGCUAAAGCUCAUGAGGACAAGGAGCAGAGCAAAGAAAUAGAGAAAAUAUCAAGGAAACGUACUUCAGGGAAACCCAAUGGAAUUGUAAUAACCGAUGAAUUACGGGAAGAGUUGAAUCAAGCUGCGUCGUCUACUGUCCAGGCAUACGCAAAUGUAAGGAAUCUUGCGUCUGGUGAAGAUACAACGAACAAUGCAGCGCUUGGAAACGCGUUAGAAGAUAUGAUAGCUGAAAAAUUGGAGAGGCAUCGCAGUGGAACGACUGGGGCAGAAAGGGACGAAGGACAAUUGAGUGCAAAAGUUUUAGUAAUGCAACCGAUAUUACGUUUUUUGCAACUGCUGUGUGAAAAUCACAAUCGCGAUUUACAGAACUUCCUGCGUAAUCAAAAUAACAAGACGAACUUUAAUUUAGUAUCUGAAACGCUCAUGUUUUUGGACUGCAUCUGUGGCUCAACGACUGGUGGAUUAGGUUUAUUAGGAUUGUACAUAAAUGAACAUAAUGUUGCGUUAAUUAAUCAGACUCUGGAAACAUUGACGGAGUACUGUCAGGGACCAUGUCACGAUAAUCAGAAUUGUAUUGCGACCCACGAAUCAAAUGGAUUAGAUAUAAUAACUGCCUUGAUUUUGAACGAUAUUAAUCCUCUGGGAAAAACUAGGAUGGACUUAGUGUUAGAGUUGAAGAAUAAUGCGAGUAAAUUGCUGUUAGCUAUAAUGGAAAGUAGGGGGGAUAGCGAAAACGCAGAGAGGAUUAUGUAUAACAUGAAUCCGAAACAAUUAGUGGACGUAGCAUGUCGUGCAUUUCAUCAGGAGUCUUUGGAUGACGAUGGCGACAUUGAUGAUUCAUCUACGGAUGGUGAAGAAGGAGUGUCGCCCAAAGAAGUUGGACACAAUAUAUAUAUUUUAUGCCACCAAUUAGCACAGCACAAUAAAGAGUUGGCAUCAAUGUUGAAGCCAUCUGAGCUAAGCAGUGCAGAUCCAAAAGUUAACAAAGCAUUGCAAUACUAUGCAACCCAUACAGCUCAAAUAGAGAUUGUUAGAAAUGACAGAACAUUAGAACAAAUCGUGUUCCCAAUUCCUGAAAUAUGCGAACUUAUUACUUUAGAUACAAAAAUUAAAGUAUUACAUACUACAGAACGUGAUGACCAGGGAUCAAAAGUUUCUGACUUCUUUGAGAGGACUGAAGACAUGUUUAAUGAAAUGAAAUGGCAGAAAAAACUUAGAGGACAACCAGUACUAUUUUGGAUGAGUAGUUAUAUGUCUUUAUGGAGCAAUAUUUUAUUUAACUGCGCAGUACUCAUAAACCUCAUAGUAGCUUUCUUCUACCCGUUCGUGGAUUCUGUGCCUAAAUUAAGUUCACACUUAUCCGCUCUCAUUUGGACGGUAAUGCUUUCGUCGGGUGUUAUCGUCGUCACGCUACCUCGAGAAUCUGGUAUAAGAACUCUGGUAGCUUCAACAAUACUACGAUUAAUUUUUUCGAUAGGACCAGAACCAACGUUAUGGUUACUCGGUUUUGUUACGGUUGUAUUAAAAGUUGUACAUCUUAUAAGCAUUAUAGGUAAUCAGGGAACUUUGACAAAAAGUUUAGAGCAAAUAGUGACGAACGUUGAACUUCUGUAUCAUAUAUUUUAUCUAAUAUUUUGCGUUCUUGGCAUUUGUAUGCAUCCGUUUUUCUACUCAGUUUUACUGUUUGAUGUAGUAUAUCGGGAAGAAACCUUGCUCAAUGUAAUCAGAUCUGUCACAAGAAACGGAAGAUCCAUUAUACUCACUGCCGUAUUGGCAUUAAUUUUAGUUUACAUGUUUUCUAUCAUUGGAUUCAUGUUCUUUAAAGACGAUUUCUUAGUGACUGUUGAUGAAGAUAUUGUAUCAUCAUAUACCAAAGGAACCGCAGAAACAUGUGAUGCUUCAGGCACUGAAAAAUGCGAGGCAACAGAAACUGUGUCCCGAUAUAUUCGUGAAGUUAAUGAAAAAGACAGUCAAGCAGAAGUAAUUAACGUUGGCGGAGAAUUGAAGGAACGAGCAUGCGAUUCGCUGGUGAUGUGCAUUGUUACAACCUUAAAUCAAGGUUUAAGAAAUGGUGGCGGCAUCGGAGAUAUUUUACGAGCACCUUCCAGUACUGAACCACUGUUUGUUGCCAGAGUCGUAUACGAUUUACUAUUCUUCUUCAUUGUAAUAAUUAUUGUUCUGAAUCUUAUCUUCGGUGUUAUCAUCGAUACAUUUGCUGAUCUGAGAUCAGAGAAACAGCAGAAGGAAUUGAUUUUGAAGAACACAUGCUUCAUUUGCGGACUGAAUAGAUCAUCCUUUGAUAACAAGACGGUUUCGUUCGAAGAACACGUGAAACACGAACAUAACAUGUGGCAUUAUCUGUAUUUCAUUGUUUUAGUGAAAGUGAAAGAUCCCACAGAAUUUACAGGGCCUGAGUCUUACGUGUAUGCUAUGGUGAAGGAUCGAAAUCUUGAUUGGUUCCCGAGAUUAAGAGCCAAAUCGUUGGCAGCUGAUGAGGGAGAGGGUGAACAAGUAGAAUUAAGAAGUUUACAAUCUCAGUUAGAGUCUACGCAACAAUUGGUGAAAUGUUUAUCUCAACAACUUACUGAGCUUCGUGAUCAGAUGACGGAGCAACGAAAGCAGAAGCAACGGCUAGGCCUUUUGAAUUCUGCGUCAGCAUUUUUACAGAAUGUACCCAUGUAAAUCUGAAAUAAGUAUAUUUCAAGAUUUUAUUUUUAAUCAUCCACGAAUCUCAAUUUGAUACUCCAACGUAAUAUUUAAUGAAUAAGUUUGUGUGUUCUUAAGAAGCAUUUAAAGACAUUGGGAAGAAGAUGCAUUUGUGUAGAUUUGUUCCUAAUUUCGAAAAUAAUAAUUUGUAUAGGAUAGCACAGAUGAUUUUAUUAAGGAUAACAUUAAUUUUUACAGGUUUCGUUAGGUAAAUUGUGUUAGGUAAACAUGUUCGGUGAAUAAGUUUUGUUGGUAUGUGUUACUUAACCUCAAAAAAUCGUGUAACAUUUCGUAUUAAGUAAAAUGGCACCAUGAUAAUUUUAAUCUUUACACGGAUCAGCCAAACGCGCGCAUGGAAGUAUGAUACUAUGAAUGUAACAUAUCUAAAGUUCUUAUCAAGGUUUUAAUAUUUCUACUACCUGUUUUAAACCGGUAGCAUAACCUUAAAACAGGUUUUUAAGAAUGUUGAAGCUUUUAUCCAUGUAAUGGAUUUGUAAAAUAAAUGUCUGAUAUUUCAUUUCAUUAGUAAGUUCGUUCGGUUGGUUGUGUUUAUAGUCUUUUAAGUUUGUAAAAUAAGCUUACUUUCUCAUACAUAGUUUACUUACAUUUUAAUCACUAAUUUUUGUGCAUAUAGUUUUAUAAAUAAUCGGAUUACGUAUUGAAAGAUUUUUCAUUACUUUGAUAAUGGAUGAUUUCUUUCAAUAUUAAGAUAUCUUUAAGAAACAAUGUAUUUGUUUAUGAAUUCUUAAAUAGAUGGGUAGUUACCCCGUAAAUUAAAAAAGCAAUAGGGAAUUAAAGGAAAGGUAAUUGAUAGGUAAAUGUUAUAAAAUUUCACAGUUGUCUAUUUUCCUGAUGUCUGACGCUAACAGAUAGAUAAAUUAAUUGUAGCGGAAUAAAGAAGAAAUAUGGAUACGCGAUUAAAAUAGAGAUUCAAUCGUGUAGCAGAUUCAUUGCUAGUAGAUAUUUAUAGUGAAUCAAUGUCAAUAAAUAUCGUUAUUUAGUUCUUAAAUAGAUGAAAAUUAAGAGAUAAUCCUUAUAUUUAAAAUAUCUUGAAUGGAAAUAUAUUGAAGUUAUUCUCACUAAGCACCGAUAAUCUUCAGUGCAGUGAUUAUGGUUUUUAUUCAUUCAAAUAUAUUUUCCACUAACACAUUUAGAUGCUGUUACACACCCUCGUCUCUCUGUAACAUUUAUACAUAUAUGUAUGUGAAUAUAUAUUGUACGUUAAUUAUCUUGUUUUUAAUAGCAGAACUCUAUGUAAUGUAUAUACGCAUACAUCUUACUAGAUGUUAUUCACAUUUCCGUGACUCGUACAUAUAAGUACAACAAUCAAAACGUGAAUUGUUGUUUCCUUCUGUGCCAACUUUACCAGAUGUUUAUUACGAGUUGUUAUUUAAGAUUUUCAACGUUCAUUCAACAGAAAUGAAUCGCAAACGUGUUACCUCUAGAUGUACAUGUUUCAUCUUCCGAUUGUAUAAUGUAUAAAUAAGUAUGUAGAUUGUAUUAAAACUUGUAUGUGAAUAAAUUGUCCUUUUUUUAUUAAACUUG